AGCAAUGCCGAUUUUAUUCUCAUUUUCGGUAGAACUUAAUCCGAAAUAGUGUAUCUUUCAUGAACUAUAAGUUGUGUGUUGAAUUUGGCAUUGCAUUCAAAGGAGCGGAGCAUCAUAGCGUGUGGAUAAAAAGAGUAAAAUCGCACGCACUCGAAACACACAGUACUACAAUGCGUAAAUAUCAGCAGCUUGCACUUGUUCUGCUAUCAAUCACGUGCGUAGUGAUACUCCUCGUAUAUAAGAGCGAAAACAACCGGCUAAAGUAUGUGCUAGAGGUAGUCAAUAUUUUCGGACGCAACGACGCGGCUAGUCUGAUCCGAAUCGAUAACAGCAGUCGAUUGCACAGCUUAUCGUACGAUUUGGAUAAACCCCUCCCUGCCUGGCAGCGUAUCGGCGAUGGUUUCUUCGUGUACUCGUCAUUUUGGCAAAAGAACGAACUGGCCGCCGGUGGCACAGUGAUCAGCAUCAUUGUCGGGCUGGAGCAGGCGAUUGUAAACUUCAAAUGCCAGAUUCAGCACGACACAAAUGAUCUUGUCACUGGGAAGCUACUAUUCACGCGCAUCGAACGACCCAACACUGGCUCAGUGAAAAAUCCCAGCGGAGAGUCUUUUGUGGUGUAUAAAUUUUUCUGCAAGCUCUCCCGUGAUUUUGGCCAACCAACAGAAGUCAUCUACACCGAUGUGAAUCAUGCUAUCAAUCGUUAUGUUCCUUUGCGUGUUUUAGAGAGCCGAUCUGUACGACAACGCAUGACAAUUACAGCCUGCGUUGACAUGAACGAUUAUCGUGAACUUGAAGAAGACGUGCGACACCCCGCUGCUGCUGUACUUCAAUAUUUUCUGCAUCAUCAGAUUGUUGGCGUAGAAGACUUUAUUGUGUACAACAGCAACGCUCUGAAUGGAGCAACCGCCUCGUUGCUUUACAAUCAUGGCAUCAAAAUCAAUCUGCUGCCGUAUAAUUUUCCUUUCGAUCUGAGCAACCGGCAGCAGAAUCAAAUGAUCAUCGAAAUGGACUGCAUGAUGCGAAACUACAAUGCCGCCAAGUUGACGUUCGUCGGGAAGAUUAACGAGUACCUUUAUCCGAGCUCGCGACUUCGACUUAACAACCCGUUCCUUAAUUACGCCUGGAAGGUGUCGAGCGACGUAUCCCGUUUUGCUGUCAGCACACGCUCCGUAUGCAUAGAUUCACGCAAGAAGAUAUUCUCCGACAAUUUACUGUAUGAUGUGGACGCUCAUUCGGACAGCGAGGGGCAAUUUUAUGUAUACAAACCUCAGCACUACAAUCGGUCUGCCGGAGGAACAGUCGAUCUCAUGAAAACGCUUGAUGUCGAACGAAACAUGCUGUUUGUUCAUCGGUACGGAGGCAAAUGUCGCAGCAAGGCGAACCUACACGAAUGGACGGUGGGACUACAAGGGAACUUUUUGCAGUAUAUCGUGGAUGUUGGGCGCGAGCUAAACAAACUAAUCUUCCGAUAAAUCUGGAAAGAGUUCCAACGAUCACGACCACGAUAAAGAAAAGGGCACCAACAAAGUUGUCCUGAUCAGUGCCACCAGCAAACAGAAUGCGAAAGAAUGAAAACGGAACCAUCCAAGGUAGCUGUCGUUUGUCAAUGAAGAAAUUGUAUUAGACAACUUGAGAUCGCUGAGACUUGAGACAGUCAGAAACGAAAAAUGGUUCAAUGUUUCAUUUGAUAUUUUAACGUAACAUGACGUGGGAAACGUGACGCUUCGGAAUGUUAAAACUCAGAUUUUGGUUGAGUUGUUCCUUGCAUUUCGUACAGUUGCGCUUGCCUCGUUUGAUUUUUGGAACUCGAAAUAGAAAUGAUUCAUAUUUCUUGUCAAUAUCUUUUCAAUCGUUUCGCACUUAUUCUUGCAAGUUUUACUCAUCUGUUAGAUCUCAUUAAAAACCGUUUGAAAACUGUAAUGACAGUGUUAUGAUCGAAUGCGCCAGGCAAAAAAAAUCGAGGAUAGGUUAAAGAUCAAAUGGUGAGCAGCUACGAUUAGUACAGAACAAUAAUUAUUCAAUCAAAACAUCCCUUUCUCUAAUAAUCAAAAGUAUCCGAUCUAUUCGUAAAAAAAAUUUAGCACACA